UUUAAUUUCAAAAUAAAAACCAUUUAAAUAGAUUCGAAGUAUAUUACAUUUUGAUGUUUAAAAGAAUAUUCAAUUCGAAUUUUGAUUAGAAAUAUUAUAAAUGAAAUUUUUAUUAUAAUUUUUAAAACACAGAUUAGACGAAGAGAAUUCGAUACGAAGCUAGAUAAAAUGAAGAGCGCUGGCCUUCAGCUUCCCCCUGACUAUUCUGAUAUAUACUUUUCGGAUGAUGAACGCAUCGCAGAGCUCGAAGAACGGCCCGAUUUCCCAAGUACUGUAGAGCCAUCAAGACCCUAUGCAGAUAUAAAUAUGGAAUUAUCUAACGGUGUUAUACCUGCAUCUAUUGCGCAGUAUCUUCGAGAUUACCAAGUAGAUGGAGUCAAAUUUCUCCAUGAAAAGUUCGUUUAUCAGAAAGGGGGCAUUUUAGGUGAUGAUAUGGGUUUAGGAAAGACUGUGCAGGUGGCCGCGUUCCUUACUGCGGCGUUUGGAAAAACGGGAGAUGAGCGGGAUGGAAAACGUAUGCGAAAAUUGAAGACUAAAGACGAAGGACGAUGGUACCCACGAGUACUCAUUGUGUGCCCUGGUUCUUUAAUCCAGAAUUGGAAGAAUGAACUAACGAGGUGGGGAUGGUGGCAUGUCGAAAAGUUUCAUGGGAAUGUGAAGGAGAAAGAGCCUGUACUUCGCAGUGCUCAAUCUGGCCGCGUCGAAAUCGUCAUUACUACAUAUUCAACAUACAAGAAUUACAAGGAUGAACUGAAUACAGUUUCUUGGGAUUGUGUUGUAGCUGAUGAAUGUCAUCAGCUCAAGGAAAGAACGUCUCUUACGACACAAGCGAUGAAUGAAGUAAAUGCCUUGUGUCGUAUUGGACUUACAGGUACUGCUAUACAGAAUAAGUACGAAGAACUUUGGACACUGCUUAAUUGGUGCUCGCCUGGUAAGGUGGGCCCAUUGGCAACUUGGGUUUCGACCAUCUCAGAACCCUUACGGAUUGGACAGAGCCAUGACUCCACUAAUCAACAGGUGAAACGGGCUCGGGAGACUGCAAAGAGGUUGGUCAAUAAUCUUAUGCCUCAUUUCUUUCUACGGAGGAUGAAGACCUUGAUCGCCCAUCAACUUCCAAAGAAGACAGAUAGAUUGCUACCAUGUCCCCUUACUGAUCUUCAACGAGAAGCAUACGAGAGGUUUCUCGAAAGUGAUAUAGUGCAGCUCGUCAAAAGUCAUGGUGAACCUUGUGAUUGUGGUAAUGGUAAGAAAUUAACACGCGGGGCAUGCUGUUAUUCUAAGAUCCCUGGAACCAAUAUAAAAUGGCAGGCUAUGGUAUUUCCUAUCAUGACCACACUCCAGAAGUUAUCCAACCACCUGGCCCUUCUUUUGCCUAACGACGGAGAUCCUAGAGAGAAACAAGAACGAGACUUAGAUUUCCUCCAAAAAAUGUUACCGGAUAGAUGGGAGGAAUUAUACAAAGCUCGAGAUUCAAUUGCAAACCUGUCCAACCCCGAGUUUUGCGGCAAGUGGAAAGUGUUGAAGAAGCUUUUGAAACAUUGGCAUGAGGAAGGAGAUAAGGUUUUGAUCUUUUCUCAUAGUGUCAAGUUAUUGAGGAUGCUUCAACAUUUAUUUCAGAGUACUAGCUAUAAUGUGAGCUUUCUCAGUGGUGAAAUGAAGUAUGAGGAUCGUCAGGAUACAGUGGAUGAUUUUAAUUCUGAUCCUAAUCAAUUUAUCUUCUUGAUUUCCACCAAAGCUGGAGGUACGUUUCGUUCUUGAUUUCAUUAUCUUCUCUGUUGCAUUUCUUUGUUGAAUUAUUACUCGCCGAAUGUGGUAUUUGGAUGGCAGCUCGAUAGCUUGAAAUUUGUGGAUGUAUAAAAGAGCCAUCAAGCCUUAUGAUAUUUAGGUUUUCCGUAUACUAACAGAAUCUAUCAGGGGUCGGCUUGAAUAUUACCAGCGCUAAUAAGGUAGGAUUCGUUCAUCAAGAAUAUCGCAGCACUUACUGACUUCGCAGGUUGUUAUCUUUGAUCCUAAUUGGAACCCAAGUUAUGACUUACAAGCUCAAGAUCGAGCAUACAGAAUAGGUCAGCUUAGGGAUGUCGAUUCAUUUCGACUGGUUUCCGCUGGGACAAUAGAAGAAGUUGUCUAUGCUCGCCAGAUAUAUAAGCAGCAGCAAGCUAACAUCGGAUACAAUGCUUCAAUGGAGCGUCGAUAUUUCAAAGGUGUACAAAAUGCAGUGAGCCAAAAAGGAGAGAUUUUUGGGUUGGAUAACCUGUUGUCUUUCCACGCGGAUGAAAUUUUACUUCGAGAUAUUGUCAAUAAAACCAAUGUUGCGGAGACAAGAGCAGGUGUUGCAAUGGCCAGUUUCGAUGUUCAGGCAGCUCUUGAUGACGAUGACAAUCCUCUACGAGCAGAUGAUGAUGAUCCUAAUGGUGCCAUGAGUCAACUCGCCGCUCUAAUCACCGAAGGCGAAGUAGAUAUCAAGCGCAAAAAGAAACCCACUCCCAAAUCCGACCCCAUCGCCGCAAUCCUAGCAUCAGCAGGUGUAGAAUACACGCACGAAAACUCAGAAGUAGUCGGCUCAUCAAAAGUCGAAGAGAGAUUAAGUCGUCGCGCGGAAGAAACAGGCGGUGAAAUCGGCUAUGGUGAAGAAAGGCUUUUCAGACCCACAUCAGGACACGCGGGGAAUGGAAAUAUACGCUAUGAGUUCCAUCCGCCGGAUGAUGUUAUGAAGAGACAGUUUUGUACGAUGGCGAAAACGUUUGGAUUUGCUAAUGCGACGGAAUUUGCGCUGGUGGUGGAAGGGUGGACGCAGAAACAGCGGACGGAUUUUUUGGAGAGGUUUUAUGCGAAAAGGAGGGAGAGGUUGGUGGAGUUGGAUGGGGAUAGAGAGGGAAAGGAGGGGAGGGAGAGAAUGGAGAGAAUGGAGAUGUUGAGAGAGGAAGCGAGGGGUGAUAUGGAUGGUGAGACGGAAAGUGAUGAGGAUGAAUUGUAAUGAUACCCUUGUUUGGAGUUUGGCUUGUAAGUUGAGACUUGGGCGGAUGGACUUACGAUAUUAUGUCUAGGUUGUAGGUAUAAGUUACAAUAGUUCUGUUUAUUAUGUAUGGAGUUUG